AACAGAAGAAAACCUUGUCAAAAUGGCAAUUGAUUUAUCAACUGUGCCACUUGUUGCACUUUCUGUUAUAAACAAAGAAGUUGUCACAACUAUGCUAAAUCCAAAGAAAGUUUUACCAAAUGAUAAUGGCUUGCCAAGAGACUGGAGAGGCUUUGCACAUUUACUGGAUCUGAAAGGUGAAAUUAUGUCAUUACUUUUGUCACAUUCUGAUCCAACAAUGCAUAUUUUCACAAUAUUGGAGAAAAAUAAACAAAGUAUUACUAUGAAAGAUUUUCAAACAAUGAUGGAACAAAUGGACAGAUGGGAUAUUAUUGACGAUACCGAAGAAAUAUUUGAAAAAGAUGCUGCAAAGUAUCUGGAACAACAGCAAAGAGCUCAAGUGACUGCAAAUCCAAUAAAUGAGCACAUUGAACAAGAAAUACUCACAUCAGGUGAUGUUCAUAGAAUAAACCAGGGCUUGGAAACACAAUUGUAUGAUGCAUUUCUUCUCUAUGCGGAUGAAGACAUGGAUUUUGCAAAUGAGAUAGUGCAAAAACUUGAAACAGAACAAAACUUGAAGUUGUUCUUGAAAGAUCGAGAUCUGAUUGGUGGCAUAUUUGAAUAUGAAGCAAUGAUGAAGCUAAUAUCUGAACGAUGUAACAGAUUGCUCAUUGUAAUGUCACCCAACUUUUUAGGAAGCUCAGUCAAUAAAUUUCUCUUAAAUUAUACUCAAGCUUUAAGUAUAGAAAAACAGCAGAGAAAGCUUAUACCGAUUAUAUAUAAAAAAUGUGAAUUACCAAUUCAAUUAAAAUAUAUUUUUAACUUGGAUUAUAAUCGUCAAGGACUAUAUGACUUCUGGAGCAAACUACAUGAUUCUAUACAGGCUUCAAGUUCCAUUACUACGAAUGCUCUACCAUCGACGUCGCAAAAUAUAACGGAGAAAAACGAUGUAGGAAGAAGUGUCAUGUCCGAAAAACAUAGCAACGUGCCUGAUAUUAAUAAAAACAUAAGUGUCUUAGAAACAAGUGAUAUGAAAAAAUUAAAUACCGAUAGCAAGAAUAAGUUAAAUAUUGAUAACGAAAACAAAGCUUUGAAGAAGCGAUGGGGAAAACUCACAAAUUGGAAAACAAAACCAAAGCAAACGAAUCAGUUAUUUACAGAGACAGUUCCGAAUCUUCCAUCAGUCGAUAGUUUGGACAGCUUGAAUCUAUCGAGUACUGUUAUAUAUAAGAAUAAAAAAAAAAACUUAUUCAGCAAAUUAACAAAGAAAAAAAUACCUGUAAAAGCCUGACACAAAUUUCUCAUGUAAUUUUUGGGCAGUUAUGGGUAAAGAGAUAAUUGUUUUGAUGAUCUAAAGAUCAAUCUUGUGAGAUUAUUGCGUGCUCGCGCAUGAGAGCGCUUGUGUGUGUAUUUUAUGCAUAAAUGUGUACUUAUUAUGACUCUAAUGCUGCAUCAGAGCUACCUUUCGUAACUUUUUAACAUACGCAUCUUGUCUCUGGAAAAGUAACGUUUAUGAAUGUUGCAAAGACGAAAUAGCUGUGCAAUACCGAAAGUUUUGUUAAUAGUUGCAGAAUAACAAAGUUGAUAUCUUUGUAUUGUUAUAAAUUUAAAGUUUAUGUAUAUAUUUAUAAACUAUCUCUUCAAAA